GAGGAGGACGCAGGGCUCCGCUUGGCAGCUCCAAGCCCGCUGCGGCAGUGGCAACAGGAGCACCCGGGACCAGUUGCUCCACACUUAUCAGUUUGCACUGCUUUCUCCUCUCGUCAGUGAAUUUCCAUUUUGUGGGUGCAGCUCCAUAGAAGAAAGGCGUGGUGUGGGGGGCUUUGGAACGUCCAGUGUGGGAAGCCAAAUGGGGGUGCCUACUAGGAUGGAAAUAGGAUUUGGCCCCGGGCUGGCUCCUCUCGCCCCCAUUCCCCUCUUGCUGGGGUGAGACGAACGCUUUGGCGAAGGAGCCCGAGAGGGGGUGUGUUUGUGGUGCUGGCGGCCCGGGGGUGGUCCUCGUCCCCUCGGAGCAGCCACGCUGCUGAGGAGAAGGGCGGGGGUCCCGGAAGCAGCCCGACGGGUCCCGGACGCCGGGUGCCUGGGGUCCCCCCGGGCCCGGGGCCCCAGGCGGUUGCUAUGGUGACGCAGGGUCGGCGGCUCCGCGCGGCGAAAACAAAGCCGCCCGCCUGCCCGCCCGCCCGCUCCUCGCCCGAGCUCCUCCUCCGCCGGCGCCUCCCUCCCCUCCCAGGCGCCGCCGCCGCCGCCGCCGCCGCCAGAGCGGCUCCCCGCCCCGCGCCCAACGCCACCGCCAACGGCCACAGCCACCGCCGCGGGCCAGACCCCUUCAUGAGGCCUUUGUAAAUAUGCAUUUGAGACAGAGUGAUAUGUAGAAGCUGAAAAUGCCUGGAAGAUUUCUGUCCCUCCUUUUCCUGUCUGUUUGCGCCUCUGCCGAUUGGAUGCUAUGAUGUUCAGAGAGACAGCUUAAUUAAUCCAAGUCGUCCUUCAGCGAAACGCGCGCCUGGCGGGAGACUGAGCGCGCAGAGUUCAGGAUGGCCAGCCAGCCCCCCGAGGACGCCGCCGAGUCCCAGGUCUCUGACGAGCUCGAGUGUAAGAUCUGUUACAACCGGUACAACCUGAAACAGAGGAAACCCAAAGUGCUGGGGUGCUGUCACAGGGUGUGCGCCAAAUGCCUCUGCAAGAUCAUAGACUUUGGGGACUCCCCGCAGGGCGUCAUCGUCUGCCCUUUCUGCAGGUUCGAGACCUGCCUGCCGGAUGACGAGGUCAGCAGCCUGCCUGACGACAACAACAUUCUGGUCACCUUGACUUGUGGCGGCAAAGGCAGGAAGUGCCUGCCCGAGAACCCCACGGAGCUGCUGCUGACCCCCAAGCGCCUGGCCUCGCUGGUCAGCCCCUCGCACGCGUCCUCCAACUGCCUGGUCAUCACCAUCAUGGAGGUGCAGCGGGAGAGCUCGCCGUCGCUCAGCUCCACGCCCGUGGUCGAGUUCUACAGGCCCUCCAGCUUCGACUCGGUGACCACCGUGUCGCACAACUGGACGGUGUGGAACUGCACGUCCCUGCUCUUUCAGACGUCCAUCCGGGUGUUGGUCUGGUUGCUGGGUCUGCUGUACUUCAGCUCCUUGCCCUUGGGCAUCUACUUACUGGUGUCGAAGAAGGUCACCCUCGGGGUCGUCUUUGUCAGCCUGGUCCCUUCCAGCCUCGUCAUCCUGAUGGUGUACGGCUUCUGCCAGUGCGUUUGUCAUGAAUUCCUCGACUGUCUGGCACCUUCCUCUUAAUCGGCACAAAGAAAUGUAGCAGACGUUGCCAUGUUUGAAGUUAGGUCAUUUAGCUCUUCUUUUCUCGCAUAUUCUGUGAUCGGUGCCCAAGGCAUGAACAGCCCAUUGGGCAUAUGUUCGUGGUCCAUUUUCCAUCAGAAGGUUGAUUCAGCUGGUUUUCCUGUCUGCUGGAAGUGAAAAUGUUCGUUUCUACUUACGUUUAGCAAAAAAAAAAAAAAAAAAAAAAAAAAAAAAGGGCUAUCAGCUAAGCCUCCCUAGAGUGCUUCUUCUGAGUCCUCCCAGAGAAAGGGCAGGUUUCGCUCUGAGCUGCUAGAUGCACAGCAGGGGCCAGGCUUGUAAUGCUGCAGUAGGGCUCUUUGUGGACCAUUAGGCAUGAAUUGAUUCCUCUUCUCAUAGUCAUUGAGAGCCUGGGAUGGAGGGUGGACCCAAGGGGAGAGUAGCCCCCAAGACACGCCCUUUUGCACAGUGCGCAGCCCCCGCCCCGCCCCCUCAGCUGUUGGCAUUUCCCUGGCUCCCCUUCCUCCCUGGUGCUGGUUCCUUCUGCGCAUGCUCCUUGCCAAGAGGCCCCCCCUCACCUCUUGUGAGGUUUCAACUCUGUACCUGUUUUGGCACAUUACUAAAGAGCAUUAAAAAUAUUGAGGAAUUUGCAUCAGAGUCAUCUGCAAAGCAGAGUGUGGUCAUUUGUUUUUGAGACGCACCCUUUUGUCCACGUUUAUUUUCUGCUCACCAGUUUUCUCUGAAAUUGUCAUGGAGCAGUUCUUGUUCCUGGGGAUCUGAUUUGAGUCUUUCCUUAAAGCGGUUUAGUUUAGCUUUUUUUUUUUUUUUUUUUCUAAAGCCACAUUGUUCAGUCGGCGCCAUCCCUCACUCUGAAUGGGGUUCCAUUUAAAUUCGUUGCUGAGUUUAUGAGGAUUUUGGUUUUUUUUCCCAUUGUAUUUCAAAUUCUUUUAUGGACUUUUAUGGACACUUUGGAGUAAAUUUCGGCAGUGGAAACAAUUCAUGAGGUGUUCAAGCUCAUGGUUUGAUGUGCUGAGAAUUUAAAUAUUUUGCCGUGUUCUCCUGAGCCGUUCCAAAACAUGAUGGUUUAGGUUUAUGUAUCCGACUGUGUUGCAGUAGGCCAGCCAAAGGGAUGAGCAAGAAACGUUGGUGUUUCUUAUUGAAAGCUGAUGCCCGGAAUUGAAAAGACCUUUAAAGGAGAUAAAUGGAGGGGCAGCGUGUGAUCUAAGUGUUGCCAUUCCUGUUAAGUCCCUUUUAGAAUGGAGUCAAGUUCUAACGCAGUUUACUUCAAAUAAAAGCAUAAGCUAUGUGACUUUAAGUUAAUGAACUUUUUUGUCAUGAUGAAGGGGCGGUUGAAUGUAUAUAUUUGUGAGAAGAAAUUGGUUAGCAGAUUUUAGGUUUGAGGGAAUGUCCACAGAAAAUAGGCCAAAAAAAAAAAAGAUAUAAAAAACAGCUUUUUAGUCUAAAGCUCAUUACUGAUGAUAAAUAUUUAAAUAUUUAUAACUCGCUUUAGCAAAGGGCAUUACUAAGACUACUUUACUUAUUUGUGAUGAAACAUUUGUUGCGUGAACCUCGGUGGACCAGUUUCAAUCUCUUUAUUCAGGAAACCUUGACACUUAUUUCUAGAAUAGUAGUUUGACUUUAAUUCUGUAACUACUAACUUUGAGUGAGUUUGACAGGAAAGUACAUGUGGGGUGUGGAGCAAUGAAUUUAAGCCCCAAUACAGCUAAAUCCAUUUAAGAUUUCACAAAAUCUAGGGUAGCUAGCAUUGUGAAUGCAAUUUCCAAAUAUCUAUUUGUACUUAAGAGUAAAUAUAAUGUUUAGGAGAUGUUUCGUGGUUUGGAUUUAUAUAUUUAUAAGGAUUUUAAAAAAUGUUCAUUUUGUCUGAAAUGUAACAUCAAAUAAAUUGAGUUAUAUGAUGAGAUUUCUAGAAAGCAAUGGGUAUGGGUACUAUGUAUUUUGCUUAUUUGUAUGUCUGCAGUGCUAAAUUUGUGUCUCUCUUUGUAUUGUGAUAGUCUUUUUUUUUAGUUGUCAGUAUGUUAUUCGGGUAUUAAAGAGUUUUAAAUGUAUGACAACAAGAAACUUUUCAUACUCUUGAAUUAAAAGAGGACAGCGCGACAA